UCUUCAGUAUGAUACCAUUUCUCUAAAUCAGUAACUCUGAUGCUCAACACCUUGGAGAAAGAGAGAGAAAUCUCUCUGGGGUUCUCCCAAACACUUCAAUCAACCAUGGUUCCUUCGGCCACCGAAACCUGCCAAAUCCAAGCGAUGAAUGAAAGGUCUCAGUGGGUACUUAAUGCCCCUGAGCCACCAACUCUAUGGCAUGAGCUUGUGCGAUUGUUGAGAAAAUCCAUUCUACCUGAUCCAACCAAUCCUCCAUCCAAACUUGUGCUUUCCUUUGUCAAGGGAAUGUUUCCUAUUCUUCAUUGGCCCCAGAGCUAUAAGGCAAUGAAAUUCAAGAAGGAUUUAAUGGCGGAUUUAACUCUAGCUAGCCUUUGCAUUCCUCAGAGCAUUGGAUAUGCAACUUUGGCUAAGCUUGAUCCCCAAUAUGGCCUCUAUACAAGUCUUGUCCCGCCUGUCAUUUACACUGUAAUGGGGACUUCAAGGGAGAUAGCAAUUGGACCAGUUGCCGUGGUUUCCCUGCUUUUGUCCUCAAUGGCACAGAAAUUGGAAGACCUUGCAUCGGAUCCAAUUGCUUACAGGAAGCUUGUUCUGACCAUAACCUUUUUUGCCGGACUUUUUCAAGCUACCUUUGGGCUGCUUAGAAUGGGUUUCCUUGUGGACUUCCUUUCGGAUGGUGCUGUUGUGGGGUUCAUGGGUGGUGCAGCCAUUGUUAUUGGUUUGCAACAACUCAAGGAACUACUUGGAAUCACUUACUUUUCAAACAAAAUGGAUGUUGUCUCCGUCAUGAAAGCCACAUGUAGAUCAUUGCAGCAUCCUUGGAACCCUCACAAUUUCAUGAUCGGAUGUUCAUUCCUGAGCUUUAUCCUAAUUGCCAGAUAUCUGGGUAAAAGGAACAAGAAACUGUUUUGGGUGGCAGCCAUUGCUCCCUUAAUAUCUGUCAUUUUAUCAACUCUAAUCGUUUUCCUGAUGAGAGCAGACAAACAUGGGGCCAAGAUAGUUAAACAUAUACAAGGAGGCCUAAAUCCAAGCUCACUGCAUCAGUUGAACUUCAGUACUCCAUAUCUUGGAGAAGUGGCUAAAAUUGGAGUCAUUGUUGCCAUUGUUUCUCUCACGGAAGCAAUUGCAGUUGGCCGAUCCUUUGCAAACCUAAGAGGAUACCACCUCAAUGGAAACAAAGAAAUGUUUGCUCUAGGCUUCAUGAACAUUGUGGGAUCUUUUACCUCUUGUUAUGUGGCUACUGGUUCAUUCUCACGAACAGCAGUAAAUUUCACUGCUGGCUGUGAAACUGCUAUGUCAAAUAUAGUGAUGGCCAUGACAGUCCUUCUGUCUCUGGAAUUGUUGACAAGGCUCUUGUAUUAUACCCCAACAGCAAUCCUUGCUUCCAUCAUUCUUUCUGCUCUGCCGGGACUCAUUAACGUUAAUGAAGCUUAUAAGAUUUGGAAGGCAGAUAAGUUAGAUUUUCUUGCCUGUAUUGGAGCCUUCAUUGGUGUCAUGUUUGCUUCUGUUGAAAUAGGUCUUCUAGUUGCGGUAGCAGUAUCAUUUGCCAAGGUUCUGCUGAUCUCAAUUCAACCAGGCAUAGAAACCCUUGGUAGACUCCCUGGAACUGACAUCUUUUGGGAUGUCAAUCAGUAUCCAAUGGCUUUAAAGACUCCCGGAGUCCUGAUUAUCCGUCUCAAGUCUGGGUUACUUUGUUAUGCAAAUGCCAAUUUUAUUGGGGAAAGGAUAAUGAAACUGGUAACUGAAGGUGAUGAUGAAGACAACAAAAGAACUACUUAUCUUGUCCUCGACAUGUCUAGUCUGAUGAAUAUUGACACAUCAGGGAUUGCUUCUCUUGAGGAACUGCAGCAGAAUCUUGCUGCAAAAGGAAUCGAGUUGGCCAUUGCCAGCCCCAGAUGGCAAGUGAUUCACAACCUAAGAUUGACAAACUUUGUCGGGCAACUUGGAGGAAAGGUCUUUGUCAGUGUUGCAGAAGCCAUGGAGGCAUGCCUUGGUGCCCAAAUGGCUGCCACUAGUCCCUAGCGAUGGUGUUCAUAUGGCUGCCAAUAUUUGAGUGCCAACUUCUUUCGGUUGAUUACUGCUCUCAUGUGGUCUAUUUAAGUGCUUUAGUCUCUUAUGUACGAAUAAUGGAGUGUGAAAUAAAAGAUGGGGUUAACU